CUGUGUUGGUCUGCAGUCGCUGAUGUUUCUCAUUCGAGACUGGAGUUACCCGUACGAACACGCUUACGGUCUGGAUGGGGGAAAUAAGUUCCUGGAGAAGAGGCUGCAGGUCAAACAGAAUCAGCACGAAGAGCUGCAGAACGUCAGGAAGCACAUCCACUCCUGCUUCUCCAGCAUCAGCUGCUUUCUGCUGCCGCACCCUGGGCUCAAAGUGGCCACCAACCCACACUUCGACGGCCGCUUGCGAGACAUCGAUGAGGAAUUCAAGAGGGAGCUGGUGAAUCUGGUGCCUCUGCUUCUGGCUCCUGAGAGUCUGAUGGAGAAGGAGAUCAGCGGCUCUAAAGUCACGUGUCGAGAUCUGCUGCAGUAUUUCAGAGCCUACAUGAAGAUCUAUCAGGGCGAAGAACUGCCGCAUCCCAAGUCCAUGUUACAGGCGACGGCUGAAGCGAAUAACCUGGCCGCUGUAGCAGGAGCGAAAGACUCGUACAGCAGGAGCAUGGAGCAGGUGUGCGGUGGAGACAGGCCCUACAUGUCUCCGGCGGAUCUGGAGCGCAGUCACGAGGAGCUGAAGCAGAGCUGUGUGCGUCAGUUCCGCGGCGUGAAGAAGAUGGGCGGCGAGGAGCUCUGCCUCCGCUAUCAGGAGCAGCUGGAGCAGGAGAUCGACGAGGCCUACGCCAGCUUCCUCAAACACAACGAUGGGAAGAACAUUUUCUUCGCGGCGCGCACGCCGGCCACGCUGUUCGCCGUGAUGUUCGUCAUGUACGUGGCGUCGGUGGUGACGGGCUUCGUGGGUCUGAGCCCUGCGGCGGCGCUGUGUAACCUGCUGAUGGGCCUGGCGCUGCUCUCGCUCUGCGUCUGGGUCUAUGUCAGAUACUCCGGGGAGUUCAGAGAGCUGGGCUGCUUCAUCGACCGGCUGGCAGAAACCCUGUGGGAGCAGGUGCGUAUGCACACAGAGAUCGACGUUCAAAACCGGACAGAGAACUCAGGAAACACCUUAAAUACACAAGACAUGACGAGAAACACCUGGGAUCAAUGAACAUAAUAGGAACAGGAAACAUGAAGGACCAUAUAUGGGCAUGGACAUAACCUGGAGCACGUGGGGAAGCACAUUUUCUGUUUUGAAUUUUUAAAAAUCACAGCUUCAUCGGAAUGGUGCGAAACUCUGUGACUUUUAUGGCGUUUGGAAUGUGAACACACAAAAACAUGGAGGGCAUGAUUCGAGCAGGCUAAGUGGUCGUUAAACAAAUAGUCACACUUGUACUCUUCAGUCAAAAAUGACCGACCAUAG